CAUUGCAGACAAUAAGAGGAAAGGAGGAAAAGAGAGCGAGAGAGAGAGAGAGAGAGAGAGAGAGAGAGAGAGAGAAAAGGAAAGGAGCAGAAAAUGAGGCCUACAGCUGCUGCUAACACAAAACCAAGCACCAACCUGAAGGAUUCUCCCAUACCGUACCUCUUUGGCAGCUUGGGUCUAGUGUUCUUACUAAUAGCUGUGGCAUUGGUAACUCUGCUUUGCUCCUAUUGCAGAAAACGACCCUCACCGAGCUCAUUAUCAAGCGAAGAAAAACCACAAAUACUGCCCAUCUGUUUGGUGAUUGAUGCAGAACCCAAGAUUGCGGUGAUCAUGCCCGGAGAUGACAAGCCUACCCACUUGGCAGAACCAAUCACUAGCACUACUACUCCUCCAUCAAUAUGUCGCUGCCAACACGUUCAAGAAGAUCGCUAGAAAACUUAUGCUUUUAGAACUCAAAUACAAUAUCCCAUGAUGAAUGUGUUUCUUAACUUUCUCCUGCACAAUAUUUUAUAAUUUGUAGUAUUGGAGCUUGAGGUCGGAAGAGAAUAGUGUAAAAUAGAUGAGGAGUGAGCGUAGAACAUAGUUGAAAUUCUCUCAUCAACUGAAUUUUCAUGUUCAUUUGAAGAGGGUUUUCUUAACCUAAUGAACUUUUUUAUUUAAG